GGAUUUUCAGCCAACCAGCGCGUGAUUUCGGGCUGAGGAGAAAGGGGCGGAUUUUUGUUUUGGAAGAGGUCCGUUGCUACAGCUGCAAUGAUAACUGCGUGUAGGUCAAAAUUAUUAGGCCUUGUGAGGACAUAUACUCUUCUGACCAGGCACAAUGUGAGGGAACAGUUCCACCGGCUUCCUCAAAACUCCCAAGUCUGUUUUAAAUCGGGUCUUCGGUGCUUUAGUACCCCCUCCGUCCAGGAGAAGUCCGGUGGUUCGAGUCUUGAGGACAAAAUCCAUCUCACCGAGUCAUGCGUGAAGAGAUUAUCAGAAAUCAUGGCAAAAGGUGAAUACCUGAGAAUCCAUGUGGAGGGAGGCGGCUGCUCUGGAUUCCAGUACAAGUUCUCUGUAGAUAGUACCAAGAAAGAUGAUGACAGAGUGUUCGAGGAGGGAGGAGUGGGUGUUAUUGUUGACCAGGAAAGUCUGGAGUUUUUGAAGGGAGCCACCGUUGACUUCACUCAGGAGCUGAUCCGUUCCACCUUCCAAGUGUUGAAGAACCCUCAGGCUGAUCAUGGCUGCUCCUGUGGCAGCUCUUUUUCUAUGAAACUAUGAUCCUCGUGUUAUUACUUUCACCCAAUCAUUUAUGAUACAUAUACAUACAAAUAAUCAUCAAAUAUUAAGACAUUUUAAGUCAUUUCCAUUGAUAAGAUGCAUAAAUUAAAUGUUUUUAUGCCUGUUAAAGAAACUAAAUCAGGUCAUUCAGAUUUUUAUCAGUUUUGGUUUCAUUGCUUCCUUCAGAUGUGUUUGAAAGAGGUGGUCAGAUCAAAGAGCAGUCAUAAUUGUGAAGGUUUUACAGCACUACAGUAAAGAAAUGUUAGCUUUCGUGGGAAAAAUGUUUGUGUUUUUGCCAAAAGGACCUCAACUCACCAUAAUUCAUGUAGAAUUAGAUAUUCCAACCAAAGGUAACUUUCUGUUUUCAACCUUCACCUGAAAGCAUGUUAUUAUGCCAUAAAGUUGUAUUUCAGGCAGGCAUACGAGCCACUUUGUGUCAAAAUAAAUAACCGAAUGUGACCAAAACCCAAUUUUAGCUGCAGUUGGACACUUUUAAGCAAAUCUUUUUCAUUUCUUUGACUCCAAUAGUUUUGCAGUCAACACUGGUGGAAAAACAAGUAGCUGUGAGGAUUGAAGAGUUAUUUAUUUGUUAAAUAUUGUAAACUAGUCGUGUUUAAAAGGAAAUGUUCACAUUUGUAGGAUCUGAUGGCUAAAAUGUAAAGCACAAGACAGUAAAACAUACAAGAAGGUCCAGUUUGCCACCAAAUAAUUAGAUGUUUACACCAUAAACUAGUCACUCUGAAAUCUGCUAAAUAUUCAUCUGACUGCUUGUUGUGUGAGUGAAAAUGUGUAGAAUAAUUAGAUUUGUUCCAGCUAAAUAAAAGCUCAGUUGAAGAGUUUGCAUGUUUAAUUUUUAGAGUUUUCUGUAUUUGUAAAAUAUGUAAAUAUUUUAAAACUGCAGCAUGAAUGCAAAGCUGUAAUUUAUGUUGUUUCAUCCUGAAUAAAAUUAAUUUAGGACUCCCAUCA